CAAAGCAAAAACUUUCAGCAUCUAUGGAAGAACUGUGCAACAGUGAUGUGAGAUGCUAUUUUUGUGCCUGUAACCAUUUGAUUUAAAGAUAAUCAACAUCCUUCUCUCAAACUUUCAUUGGAAACCUCAUAAGCUGGACAAACACUGCCACGCACACAUUCUAAGACUUUUUCAUGGAGUAGGGUGCUGACUGACACUAAAAAAGUGAUACAUGGGUCAAAGGUUGGUUGGACACCUGGGUGAGAGUGACCCCUGAGGAAGACCGUAAAGAUUGGGUUUGUCUUUAUUAUUAUCCUUUGUAUUCAGUCUUUUUUUUAUGUGAUAGCUUAGUUGUCAUUAUGAAGAAGCUAUUUUGUUAUUAUUGUUAGGAUGUAUAUUUGGAAAUUUCAAACAUUUAACACCUUUAUCUUUUCACAGAAAGUCUACAUUUAUUGGCUGCAUGCAUAUAAGGUCAAACAUUUUGAAUUAAUAAACACAUGAAUUAAAAAUGACCGGAAGAUUUCGAGUUCUUUUCUUUUGAUGUUUCUAUUAAAAGAAUUCUGAAGAAAUCAGUUUCCAAAUGUAAAUACAUCCUCAAACUUAUUCGAUUUGUUUUAGUUGUUAAAUUUGUUUUUAAUCAUAUUUUAGCUAGCUGCAACAAGUGGACAAUUUCUCACAUGUUUUAAAAAUUUAAAGUUAAUUAUAAUAAUGGCAACUUCCAUUACACAGCUAUUGGGGCAUGUUAAAGUUUACUUUUUCUGAACAUUGGAACAUCAUGAAUUAAGGAUUUCUGACGUGUUUUAAAAUGAAAGGUAAAAUAUGCUUAACAAAUGGAUAUAAGACUACAUUUCCCAGCAUGCACAGGCUACGUCAUCCAUUUAAUCAAUCCGCAGUCUCAUUCACUCAUUCUCCGUGUCGAGGACAACAACUCACUACCUCUGUCCGUAUCUGCCCUUGAUUCUGAAUCACUCAACUACCAAAAAUCAUUUCAGCACCAUGACCAGAGCUCAUUUCAUUCUAUGUAUAUUCAAAUGACAUGAAUUGAACUUUUAGCUGCUAUACUGUAGGCAGCUACAACAGGUGAACUGUUAUAUAAUAUGUCAAAUGCAUAUGAUAUGAACACAUUAUAACUUCUUAUGAUGAGGAAUAAGAAAAAUAUCUCUUGGACCGCUAUACAGAAGGAUCCUGUUUGGAAAUCUAGUCCUCUUUAAGCUGUAGAAUAACUCUUGUUAACUUUAAAUUGAAUUUUAUAGUCUUAGUUCUACUUGCAUUGACUCCACGAAGCCAAAAUGACUUCAUCAUAUAAUGAUGAGACCAGGAGUGAUAAAUCAGAAUCUCUGGAAGUCUGUGAAUACCGGGGACAAUAUGGAGAUCCAGGAGGUUACUACAAAUCCAAAAGCCUGCCUGUUCUUAACGGAGACUGUCCUACCGUUAAUGAGCCGUUGGAACCGAGGCUGGUCAGUACGACACAGACUUUAGUAAAUACCGAACUUCGCUUGCCGUUCAAUGAGCUGCAACAGAAAGGUGACUCGAGUGAACUGGAUUCACCCACCAGGACAGAUUUCUCCCCUUCCAUGUCCAGUAUGGUGGGUCUGAGCAGCUCUAUGCGAACUGAAUCCAACCGAGCAGGUGGCAAAAAAAUUGGCUUUUCAUUGAUAAGAUUCAUCCGCUUUCCUGUGAGGAAGUACGUGAGGGUGAUUCUGUCAGACUCUAGGUGUUUUCUGUUCUGUAUGUGUUAUCUGACGUUCAUCCAGUCUUUGAUGGUCUCGGGCUACCUUAGUAGUGUCAUCACCACGAUAGAGAAGAGGUACAGCCUUAGAAGUUCAGAAUCAGGACUGCUGGUUAGUUGCUUUGACAUUGGAAGUCUUCUGGUGGUGGUCUUCAUCAGUUAUUUUGGGGGUCGAGGCCAAAGGCCGCGCUGGUUGGCAGUAGGAGGGGUGUUCAUCGCCGUGGGAGCAGCUCUGUUCUCCCUUCCGCAUUUCAUCUCUCCACCCUAUCAAAUCCAAGAGGUAAAUUCUUCCAUGGGGAACAAGGGCCUGUGCUCGAAUGGGAAUGGGAGCAGAAGGGACGCUUUGGAUGUGUCGUCCUGUCCAAGGGACCAAGAGGGCAACGAUCACUCCAUAUAUGUGGCCCUGUUCAUCUGCGCCCAGGUCCUGGUGGGCAUGGGAUCCACUCCUAUCUACACGCUGGGACCAACGUACCUGGAUGAUAACGUGAAAAAGGAGAACGCUUCCCUCUACCUUGCUAUUAUGUAUGUGAUGGGGGCUCUGGGGCCAGCUGCAGGGUACCUGCUUGGAGGCGUUCUGAUCGGCUUCUACGUGGAUCCCAAAACCAACAUCAACAUUGAGCAAAGUGAUCCACGCUUUGUGGGUAACUGGUGGAGUGGCUUCCUGCUCUGUGCUUUCGCCAUGCUGUUGGUCAUUUUCCCCAUGUUCGCUUUCCCUAAAAAGCUGCCCCCUCGUCACAAAAAGAAGAAGAAAAAGCAUGGGGUAGACAGCACCUCUAAUGAUGAUGACGUCCUGAAAGAGAAAUCCAACAGCAAAGGCCAGACUGUGGCAUCCUCUAUGGGCUUUGGGAAGGACAUCAAAGACCUCCCCAAGGCUGCCAUAAGGAUCCUCAGCAACAUGACAUUCCUGUUCGUGAGUCUGUCCUACACGGCCGAGAGUGCCAUUGUCACUGCUUUUAUCACUUUUAUCCCCAAGUUCAUUGAGUCUCAGUUUGGAAUCCCUGCCUCCAGCGCCAGCAUAUACACAGGUGUCAUUAUCGUGCCCAGCGCAGGGGUGGGCAUUGUACUAGGUGGCUACAUCAUUAAGAAACUGAAGCUUGGAGCUCGUGAGUCGGCCAAGCUGGCCAUGAUCUGCAGCGGGGUGUCUCUUCUGUGCUUCUCCACGCUCUUCAUCGUGGGCUGUGAGAGUAUAAACCUGGGCGGGAUCAAUAUCCCUUACACCACAGGGCCGACCCUCACUCUGACCCACAGAAACCUGACGGGAGGCUGUAAUGUGAAUUGUGGCUGUCGGAUCAACGAGUAUGCUCCUGUUUGUGGCUCAGAUGGCAUCACAUAUUUCAACCCCUGCCUGGCAGGAUGCAGCACUGUGGGCAAUGACAGCACCGGGAUCAGAAACUACACAGACUGUGCGUGUGUGCAGAGCAGGCAGGUCAUCACUCCGGCCGCCAGCGGCCAAGGGAACCAGCUCCAGCUGGUCAUAGUGAAGACCUAUCUGAACGAGAACGGCUUCGCUGUGUCAGGGAAGUGUGAUCGCACCUGCAACACGCUCAUCCCCUUCCUCAUCUUCCUCUUCAUCGUUACGCUGAUCACAGCCUGUGCACAGCCCUCUGCCAUUAUCGUCACUCUCAGGUCAGUAGAAGAGCAAGAACGACCGUUUGCUUUAGGAAUGCAGUUUGUGCUACUAAGAACUCUGGCCUACAUCCCCACACCAAUCUACUUUGGUGCGGUGAUUGACACCACCUGCAUGCUCUGGCAGCAGGACUGCGGCAUUCACGGCUCGUGCUGGGAGUACGAUGUCACUUCCUUCCGCUUCGUGUACUUCGGCCUGGCCGCCAGCCUCAAGUUUGUGGGCUUUGUGUUCAUUUUCCUCACCUGGUAUUCAAUUAAAUACAAAGAGGAUCGUCUGGAGCACCGGCAGCGGCGUCUGCCUCCUCUGGGCACCGUCAGCGAGCUCAUCUGUCACGCAGGAGGCCACAAGAGCCACGCUCGUACCCGCUCCUGCCCCAUUUUCACACCCCGUCCCGAGCCCCCCGACCAGCCCCUGCUCAACCGCGGACACUGCAGCCACAGCUGCCCCGGAAACACUCUCAAAGCAAUAACCCCACCUGCCCGCUCGCUUUAGGAAAUGCACAUUUGAGGAACGUGAGCCCUGACAUCUGCCUCCACGUGCCUUCCUGUCAGGGGUCCUCCUCCAUGACAAGACAGCGUGCGACGUGCGCCUGUCGUGCUCCGUGUGGCUUUCAGGGGCUUGCUGCGCUCACCGAUCUCAAUGUCACCUGUACAAACUCACAGCAAACACUCAUUGUGUAGUGUUUGCUGUCGAAGCGUAUGGAAGACAUCUCAUGGUGCUAGAUGAGAAACAGAGAGGACAUUUCUCUGUAUCCAAUCUUGGAUUCCAAGAUUAUUAUAUCAAAGACGUAACACAAGCACAAAUGGAUAUCAGUACUAUGCAACGCAGUACCACAGUAAAGCCUCCAGGCAGUCGCUUGCUACUGUAUGAUCAUAAUUCACAUCUCACAUGGUCUUUCUGAACAAAUCUGUGAAGAAUUCUCUUCGAAAUGGUGUUAACGACUCCCUUCUGGUUAGUUUGAAGGCGUCAGUGUGAUUCGGAUGGUAUUCAAGGAGCUGUACGAGAACAUUCAGCCUCCUCCAGACAGAUGUAUGUAAAUUCAGUGCCUGAGAUUGCCCCAUCAGCAGUGAGGUCUGAGCACUGGGUGGACUGAUAAAACGCAUUUGGAGAAGGACUUUGAAGCCUUGUCUUCUCGUUCUUCAUCUUCAUAAUCAUUCUGUCUGUUCAGUGAUUGACUGUCAAAUGGCGAUAUGUGUUCAGAUGCAUAUUGUUGGAUGAGAUGUUUGUCCAGUGGUCCAGUAUCAGGUCUUGAGGAAGUCCGAUCAAUUCGAAGGAUUUUUUGGCAAAUCCGUAUUCAAACCGGUUUUGGUUUUUGUAAGUGUGAACAACAGAAAACGCAUGAAAUCUGUUGUUUACAAACAAAUCCUAAUCAUAUCCAUAUCUGGUGUGAAAUCUGAUUUUUUUUCUCAGUCUAAAUGGUAAAAUCUGACAAACCAGUCAAUAUUUCUAUCUCUUUCCUUGUAUACACUCUAAAAAUAGUUC